AUGGUUAUAGCUGUUGUGGCAUUGAUUUUUGGAGUCUUAUUGGGAGGUUUUAUUUUGAUUCCUAGAAAACGUAAAUCUGUUCAAAUAGAAAAGGCUUAUUCGAAUGCUGGCGGGAUUAAGGUCAUCUUUUUGUCUCUGGAACAAGAGAAUGGAUGGGAAGGGAGAGGCGUGUGUGCUUGUGCAUAUCUGUACCACGAUCAGCUUUAUGAUGUGAAAAGUACUGUGAUUUAUGAAGGAAGACGUGAUUCACUAGCAUGUCUUGCAUCCAAAACUUUCAGUAAAGCUGAAGUCUCUUUGCAUAACAAGAGAACUGAUUGUUGGAUCAUUAUUAAGGACAAGGUGUAUGAUGUUACCUCAUAUGUAGAAGAACACCCAGGUGGGGAUGCCAUCCUAGCACAUGCUGGAGAUGAUUCAACUGAAGGGUUUUUUGGGCCGCAACAUGCAACAAGAGUCUUUGACAUGAUUGAAGACUUCUACAUUGGUGAUCUUGAGCGGUGA